AUGCUUACUCCAGCAGUGCCAAAUGUUAUCAAUUUAUCAACUUCAUUUGAUAUGGCUAAAGAUGUUUUCAAUUAUCAAUCACCCUACUUCCCAGCAGAUAAAAUGGAGUGGUUCAUAAAAUUUGGUGGAAACGCAGAGAACAUACCAGGCUACGAUUGCAGAACAUCUGAUAGGAGGCCAGGAGCAACGAGCCAAGUGCUAGGUUUCGCGUUCAUUAUAUACGGAGUAAUUGCUGAGUCCAUAUAUCUCCUGGAUAUGAUCAUCAUGACGAAAAAGGAGCAUCGUCGUCUUUCUUGCUACAAGAUUAUGAUUCUUUUAGGAGUUUUUGAUAUGUUAGCCAUUGCUAUCAAUUCAAUUUUGACAGGAUAUUUCUGGCUUAAAGGAUCCAACUACUGCACAAAUCCUAAUCUUAUCUAUAUUACAGGCUCGAUUGGCAUGUCAUUAUGGUGUGGAGCUUGCCUGAUUUGUUUCAUAUUGGUUCUGAAUCGCCUAUUUGACGUCUGCAACAAAGUUAUGCUUCAAGCGUUGUUUAAAAACGGAAGAACCUAUAUCGUGCUAAUCAUACCCAUCUUGUACAGUCUUUAUUUCUGCUUCUUUACCGCACCCGUUCUAUUCAAUUCUGAUCAAACUGCAUGGUUCUUCUACACGUUUGUUCCACAACAUGAUGCGGCGCAGUACUACAAUUAUCCACACACAGCCAAUAACCUCUUCGUGGUAGUAAUCACAUGUGCGUUCUACAUGUAUUACUCACGAGUGCUUUUGCACUAUUCUAAAAUUGGUAGUGGAGUGUCGUGGGCGCAGAAGUCGUUCUUUAUACAAUGUGCGCUCAUAUGCGGCGCUAAUCUUACAGCGUCGUUGAUCUAUGUAUUCAUGCAAUUCUUCCCUACAUCUUCUUAUCUUGUUCUCAUCGGCCAUAUUUGCUGGCAACUCGGACAUGGUUUUCCUGCUAUCGUGUACCUAGCACUGAAUCGCACAAUCCAACAGGAAGCUCUCACAAAGCUGGGUCUCGUUCGUAAAAAAAAUUCUUCGAAGAUAGCAUCAGUUUCGCAGACCGCAAAAGGUGCCAAGACACUGGAAUUCUAACUCAACCUUUUUACAAAGCAUGAGCAUCGGCAUGAAGAUGUACUA